ACUGGCUGCACUGACUAACGACACUGCUGGACACUGAAUGUGGAGUCCGGGGAGAGAGGAUAUAGUGAAUGCAGGGUCCGGGGAGAGCGGAUAUAGUGAAUGCGGGGGUCCAGGGAGAGCGGAUAUAGUGAAUGCAGGGUCCAGGGAGAGCGGAUAUAGUGAAUGCAGGGUCCGGGGAGAGCGGAUACAGUGAAAUGUGGAGUCCGGGGAGAGCGGAUUUAGUGAAUGCAGGGUCCGGGGAGAGCGGAUAUAGUGAAUGCGGGGUCCGGGGAGAGCGGAUUUAGUGAAUGCAGGGACCGGGGUUUACAGAAUAUAAAUAAUCCAGUGAUGGCAUGAAUUAAAAAAACAGCAUGUAGGUCCCCCAAAUCGAUACAG